AUGGUGUCGUUUUCUUUCCUGCAGCGACUGGAAGUCCCCCAUCCGCCUGGACAGCCUCGCCCGACAUGGCUGCUGAACAACGAUAUCAAGCCCAUCGAAAAGGCCCGGCGCACAUGGAGCUGGUAUGAGUACUUCUCGUUCUGGUGCGUUGGUGCUUUCAAUAUCACCAAUUUCCAGCUGGGCUCUGCACUGCUCGCAACAGGUCUUAACUGGUGGCAGACAACGGUUGCGACCCUCAUUGGCCAUAUACUGGCUUCUCUGCUCAUCGUCAUCACCAGCUUUCCUGGACUCGAAUACCAGAUCUCAUUCCCGGUUGCUAUGCGCAUUAGCUGGGGCUUCUAUGGAUCUGCAUUUGUCGUUCUCAACCGCAUACUGCUCUCGAUUGUCUGGUUCGGCGUACAGUCAUGGCAGGGUGGACAGAUGGCAUACGUCUGCAUCCGUGCAAUCUGGCCCAGCAUCGACAGAAUACCCAACACUAUUCCCGCUAGCACCGGCAUGACGCUGCCCAUGUUCGUCGGAUUCAUCGUCUUCUCCCUCAUCCAGGUCCCGUUCUUGAUCCUCGGCCCAGGCCGGCUAAGAUACAUGCUGCACGUCGGUGCCAUCGGCGGCUUUAUCUGCCAGCUCGUCCUCGUCUCAUGGGCUGGCGGCACAAAGGGCCCACAGGGAUUCGGAGAAAUUCUCGAUAGCACAAACAAACUUAGCGGUAGCGAUGCCGGCUGGAUGUUCCUCCUCGGUAUCGGCUCGACCAUGUCCAGCAUCACUGCCGGCACCCUCAGCAUCGGUGACUAUGCUCGAUUCGCCAGAAAACGGUCUGACGGGAUCUGGUCUCAGGGGAUGGGUGCAUUCCCCGCCUGGAUAGCAAAUGUGAUUGGCAUGCUGACCAUCGCGGCAACUCAGAAGCGCUACGGAUCUGCUCUAUGGAGUGUCGCCAGCUUGUUGAUGGCCAUUCAGGACGCCGACCCCAGCUCCAAGACUCGUGUCGGCGUCUUCUUCUGCGCCUUUGUGUUUGGAAUCACACAACUGGUGCUCAAUAUCUCAGGCAACUCCUUCUGCGGAGGCACCGAUAUGUCUGCCUUGUUCCCCAAAUACAUCAACAUCCGACGUGGGCAAGCCCUGACUGCCAUUCUGGGCACCGUGAUCAACCCCUGGUACCUAUUGAGCGGAGCUCUUGUUUUCAUCUCAGUGCUGUCUUCCUAUGUCGUCUUCCUACAGCCUUUCGUCGGAAUCGCCGCUGCCCAUUACUUUGUCAUCCAGAAACGACGACUCAAGGUACCGGACCUUUACAUUACUGGAAAGCAAUCUAUAUACUGGUAUGACUUUGGUGUGAACUGGAGGACCGUCCUUGCGUGGCUUGUUGGAGUCACUCCUCACAUGCCCGGCAUGGUCCACUCUGUGAAUCCAAAGCUCCCUGUCACGGCUGGUGCAUCUCACCUCUAUUACAUUGCCUCCAUAACCGGCUUCUUCAUUCCAUUUACCGUCUCAAUAGCGCUUGACUACCUCGUACCCGUCAAGGUACAGAAGGAUUUCAUCCAGUCCGUGUCUAUACGGGAAGCCCAGGACAUCGCCAGCGAGAUGGCCGAGUCAAACGAGAAGUCUGCUGAGGGUGCAGCGCAUCUGUCUCCGGACAGGGAGAGCAGUGUUGAGCACAAGAUCCCAGAGGCUAAUUCACACUCUGUCUAA